CUGAUUUUCAUGAUAAAUAAAUAAAAAUACGAUAUAAUAAUUGAUUUUGUUACUGCAAAAACCCAUAAACAUUAUUGGAUCUUAAAGGUAUAUACUGUAAUCUGAUUGAGUGUGAUUGAGAGACGGCGAUUGGCGAAAUUUCCGGCGCAAAUAUUUGGCCCAAGCUUAUUCAUUUAUCAAUUUUAUUUUUAAUGAUCCAUAAUAAUAUUUUGAUUUUAAUAUUUUUUGUUGGAGAGUAAAUAAACCAAGAUGUCUUUAUUCUUUGUCAAUGCAAAUCAAGACAGCGAAGUAGAAGGAGACUCUAAUGGAGACUUACAAAUAUCAUCUCCAGGAAGUUCAGAAGCACAGCAGGCAUUAACGACAUUUUGGCCAAAAGUUGCUGAAGAAAUAAAAAAAAUUACUAGUAAUGACCUGAAGACACAAUCAUUGCCGUUAGCGAGGAUAAAAAAAAUAAUGAAGCUAGACGGUGACGUGAAAAUGAUAAGUGCUGAAGCUCCAAUGUUAUUUUCAAAAGCUGCUGAAAUAUUUAUCCAUGAAUUAACCUUGAGAGCGUGGAUCCACACGGAGGACAAUAAAAGACGUACAUUGCAGAGGAAUGACAUUGCGAUGGCCAUCACUAAGUACGAUCAGUUUGACUUUCUGAUCGACAUUGUACCGAGAGAUGAGUUGAAACAGAGCAAAGCACAGUCGGAUAAUGUCGUACGAACUUCGAUGAGUUCUGAUCAAGUUCAUUAUUAUUUUCAAUUGGCUCAACAGCAGUCUAAUAAUCAGACCGUGCAAAAUAAUGGAGCGCAGUCGAUACAAAUCGUACAACCGCCUGCUGGGCAAAUACAAACUAUUAAUAUGCCCAUUAGUAAUUCUGUUGAACAAGCUCCUCAACAAUCGAAUCAACAAGUGAUACAGCUUCAACAAGCGCAAUCACCAUCCUCACAAAGCGGAGGAAUUCAAAUAGUACAACAAAUUGUUACUCCUAAUGGUGACAUUCAACAAAUACCUAUUCAACUGACACCUCAGCAACUUCAAAUGAUAAGAAUGCAAGUGCAAGGUGGCAGUAAUCAGCCGAUAAUAAUCCAAGCAGCACCCAUAGCAGCUCAGCCUCAAAUAAUUCAAGUAGCCGGAAGUGGUCAAGCACCGGUAUACCUGCAAACCAACGGCACUGAUAAUGAAUAACCGCACCUAAAA